AUGUUCGACUACCAAAGCUACCUGAAAGUUCACGGUCCUGGUUAUGUUGGGAAAACGAGACCCAUAACUGAAGGUGUAAAGCUAUGCACUCGAAGUGGGCGAUCUUGUUCAGAAUGCGGCACAAGAACCGGAGUAAGGCUUUCUUGCUUUUGUUGUGCACAAGUGUUGUGUGGAGAUUGCCGUGUUAGUAGUGCUUCUGAGUUUGCACUGGUUAUAGGAAACAAAAAGGGCAUUUGCAAGAGCUGUUGGGAUCUUGUUCUGCUUGAAGAUCAAGAAAGCUCGUCGGAAAACGAUAGCGAAAGCGAUGAUGAUUCAGAAGAGAUCACAUCGGAUGAUGCGGAAAGUAUAGGCUCGUCAGAAGCGCCUACCAAUCUUCCCUGCAAUAUUUGGAAACAAAAUCGCUUUGCAUCUUUGGUUGUUGAUAACAUCAGGCUUGUCUACAUGAAAAAGAGCCUUGUGGAGGAGUUGACGAAGGAGCAACCUCAUUGUUGGAAAAGCAAAGUGGUUGGAAGUUUUGUGAGAAUCAAGACUGACCCAAGAGACUACUCUAGGACAAAUUAUCACCAACUUGCAGAAGUUCAAGGCAUAUACAAGAAGAGCUCGACCAGUGAAUUUCUCGUGCAAGUGCUUACCAGUAAUGUGACAAGAGACAUUCCUGUUUCUCAACUUUCAGAUUGCAACUUCACCGAGGAAGAAUGCGAGGAUUUGCGACAAGAUGUGGCAAACUGUCGCUUGCUAAGGAAACCCACUGUUUUUGAGUUGGAACACAAGGCAAGAGAACUGUAUGAAGAUGUAACCAAGCAUUGGAUUAGGAAAGAGUUGGUGAGGUUGCAGAACUGCGUCGAUUGGGCGAAUGAGAAGGGAAGGAGAGCAGACUUAGAUGAAUACAUUGAGCAAAGGGAACUGCUGAAGCAAGCAUGUGAACAAGAGCGACUCCUAAAACAGGUGCCGCAGGUCAUUGUAGAGGUUAUGAGCUAA